AUGGCGGAAUCUGAAGAUAUUAACUCUGUCCUGGUUGAUUCUGUUCGAUCAUCUGCAACAAGUGCCACGGACACAUAUGACAUAGACGAGCCUCCGAAAGAUGAGCAGGCUGCCACACAGAGGAGGCUUCGUAUUGACAAUCUCCUGGUGAAUUUUAGGAAGCAGCUACAGGAAAGGUCUGCCUACCAUCUUGGCUAUCCAUUCAAUCUGGAGCUGGAUGUUGGUCCUGUCAUCCAGUUCCAGAAUUUUCACGUUAACAAUAUUGGAGAUCCUUUCAUGGAAAGCAACUAUGGUAUCCAUUCUAGAAAGUUUGAAGUUGCUGUACUAGAUUGGUUCGCCAACUUCUGGGAGCUCCCGAAAGACCAAUCCUGGGGAUAUGUCACCAGCGGAGGAACAGAAGGGAACUUGCAUGGAUUACUAGUCGGGAGAGAACUGUUCCCAGACGGUAUAAUUUAUGCAUCAAAGGACUCGCAUUACUCUGUAUUCAAGGCGGCUAAGAUGUAUAGAGCUCAAUGCAUCAAGAUUAGCACUUCCAUUUAUGGAGAGAUGAACUACGAUGAUUUCAGCUAUAAACUACUCCAGAAUUCGGGAAGGCCGGCUAUUGUUAAUGUCAAUAUUGGGACUACUAUGAGGGGGGGAGUCGAUGAUGUUGAUGAGGUCAUAAGAACACUGAAAACGUGUGGAUUCGACAGCAGAUUUUAUAUCCAUUGUGAUGGUGCUCUUGGUGGCCUCAUGCUGCCAUUUAUAAAACAGGAGCCAAAACUGACAUUCAAGAAGUCAAUAGGAAGCAUUAGUGUUUCGGGCCAUAAAUUAUUGGGAUGCCCCACACCAUGUGGAGUUGUGGUGAACAGGUUAAAAGAUAUCAAUCUUGUCAUGUCGACAAACAUUGAGUACGUUGCUUCAAGGGAUGCCACCAUAACAGGGAGCCGAAAUGGCCACGCUCCAAUCAUUAUGUGGUAUACCUUGAAAUGUUUAGGGUACAACGGUAUUCGGAUGAAAGUGACAACAUGUAUAAGAAAGGCAGAAUACCUAGAAUUUCUACUUAAGAAGAAAGGAGUAAGUACCUUGUUAAACCCUGGAAGUAGCACUGUUAUAUUUGAAAGGCCAAAAGAUGAGGUGUUCGUUCGCAAGUGGCAGCUUGCAUGCGAAGGAAACUUGGCACAUGUUGUGGUAAUGCCAAAUGUCAGCAUUAGACACCUUUUUAGAUUUGUUGAUGAACUUGCAGAGAACAGAUAUAUAAUGCUUCAUGACAAAGAAAUCAGUACCCCAUGUGUUGCGGCCGACAUUGGCCCAGGUAACUGCAUGUGCAACCUUCACGGCAGUGCAAGAUCAAGGCUAUAA